UCACAGAAUCAACACAUUCUUUGAAAAUAAUUCAAAAACGCGUAACGCAUUAGCGAUGCAAGCCUUUGAAGUUUUCUAUGCACAAACCGAACGUGCCGUGAAUUAUCUGUAUAUUUUAGUGAUUUGCAUUUUACCGCUUUUAUGGUUUGGCGACUGCAAGAAGACGAUGUCGCUGUUAUUCAAGAAAAUCAUACCGCCAAAUUACAAAGAGUACGACAUACAAUGGGACUUUCCGCGCAAUCUACAACUCGUGCUAAUCACCUUGGGUGUGGGGCUCUUCUUUCUGCAUCGCACUUGGCGCUUGCGCUUGCAAGAGGAACGCUGCAAUAGAAUAAAGCUGGAAUCGGCAUUCACCGAAACGCACGAGUUGCAUCAGUUGAAGCUGAAGCUGUUGCAGGCGGUGGAUAAGAUCACUAUGGAGAAGAUAUUGCAGCCGAAAUCCAGUGAGACUAGGGCUAAUCCCAUUUGGAAGCCAAUAAAACGAACAAUUUACAGCAUGCAAGAGGAGGAUUGAG